UUACAUAUAUUUUAAUAUCCAUAAUUCUAUUUAAUACAUUUAAAUUAGAAAUCUUCAUAGAUUGUUAUCCUAAGUAAAGACAACACAAAAAGUUGUUUACUUUUGAAUAAUGAAUCUUGUGAUCUCAUAAUAUGUAAUCUAAAUAUAAUUUAGGUUAAACGUUGCAGUCAUGGAAAUUGGAUAGAGCAAUAUUUAUUUUUCAGUCAACAUUUCUUUUGUACCUUUGUCUCUGCUGAUGUAUAUGAUUCAAUCAUCUGGCCAGAAUUUCUAUUGGAGAGUCGGCAUCUUUGUCUUAAACAACUCUAAUCCAUCAAAAGAAACCUCACAUACACAUCUUAUUUAUGGUUGUCUUUGUCAAGUGGGUCUAUGAUGAAAACAGUAUGUCUUGCUAUCACUAAAUUAAACAUGGUUUUCUACUUUCUUUUCUCAUCACUUCUUCAUUAUCCAAUCUCCAUUUUCAUACCAAAUUCUCUUUUGUAAUCAAUCAUCAUCUUCUUCAUUACUCCUUUGCUGCACAAAGACAUCGAAGAAUCAUCUUCAUCCUUCCACAGAACAGAUUCAUCGUAUUCUUCAGAACUUCUUGCAUUUUCGGCUAGUUUUCCAAUAUGGUGGUGACAAACACCAACAACUUAGACUCAGAGGCAAGUAAAAAUUUAACUUAUGAUAGAACAGCUGAAGUCAAAGCUUUUGAUGAUACAAAACUAGGUGUAAAAGGCCUAUUAGACUCUGGUGUAACAAAGAUUCCACGCAUGUUCCAUCAUGGACAAUUAGACAUGCAUGAGAUCUCAAAAGAAGACUCAAAGUUGAGUGUCCCCAUCAUAGACCUCCAAGACAUAGAAACAAAUUCAUCCCUACGAGUUGAAGUAGUUGACAAGAUUCGAAAUGCAUGCCAAAAGUGGGGAUUUUUUCAAGUCAUCAAUCAUGGUGUUGGUGUUGAAGUGUUGAAUGAGAUGAUAUGUGGAAUUCGUAGGUUCCAUGAACAAGAUGCUGAGAUAAGGAAAACCUUUUACUCCAGAGAUAACAAUAAGAAAGUCAGAUACUUCUCUAAUGUGAACCCUUACAUAGGUAAGGGUGCUAAUUGGAGAGACACAAUUUCAUUUUUUCUGACUCCUGAUCCUCCCAAUCCAGAAGAAAUACCAAUAGUAUGCAGAGACAUUGUGAUUGAAUACUCAAAGAAAGUAAGGAGUUUGGGAGACAGAAUCUUUGAGCUAUUUUCAGAAGCACUUGGCCUUAAUCCUUCUUAUCUCAAAGAACUGGAAUCUACUGAUGGACAAUUUCUUUUGUGUCACUACUACCCUGCUUGCCCUCAACCUGAAUUAACGUUGGGCACUUCUAAGCACACUGAUAGUGAUUUCAUGACAAUUCUUCUAGAAGAUCAUAUGGGUGGUCUUCAAGUUCUUCAUCAGAAUCAAUGGGUUGAUGUUCAUCCAGUGCAUGGAUCUCUUGUUGUAAACAUUGGGGAUUUUCUGCAGCUUAUAACAAAUGGUAUGUUUCGGAGUGUUUAUCAUCGGGUCUUAGCGAGGAACAUAGGUCCCAGAAUUUCAAUAGCAAGCUUUUUUAUAAACACAACAGCACAUGGUACAUCAAAGGUUGUCGGUCCACUAAAGGAAUUGUUAUCAGAAGAAAAUCCUCCAAUCUAUAGGGACACUACUAUUAAAGAAGUGAUGGCACAUUACUUUGAUGAGAAAGGCCUUGAUGAGAACAUUCCUUUACAACCUUUUAGGUUGUGAAGAAAAUGUUGAGCAUUUGGAGUUUGAUUUGUGUGAUUUUUAUGUACUAAGAUUUUCAAUUUUUCAUUACCUUAUGAACUUUUAAAUAGAUGCAUCAAGUUCUAUAGAUAAAACAAGUUAAAGACACUUUGAUUAUUGUGAAGUGUUAGAAGUGGACUUUAAGUCUAACUCAACCCCACAAA